AUGGGAAGCCAAUGUAAUCCGGGGAAAUUUCGGUAUGAUCUCACCAUGUCUAAGAGAACCCGAAAGCCACUGAACUGCGAGCAGGAAUCGGAUCAAUCUAGUCUGAGUUCAUGUUUAUCAGAAAAAGAAAAUUUGCAAAACGCGGGUGGUGAGGAAGCGGAAGAUGAAAACUGUGAUCACAGGAGCUUGAAGCAACUAAUAAAAGGCAGGCAUACUCUUGGCCAGCAUUUUACUGAGGAACUGAAGCAGCCUAAGAUUGUCGUGAAACAAAAUGAAAAUGGUUUGCAGGAAAAGCAGCUACAAAUAGUGGUGAAAAGCCCUGGAGGGUCUAACAGAGUGAAGCUCAAGAAAAUGGCCACUCAGUGCACCAAAAUUCUGAGGCGUUUGAUGAGAAAUAAGAGGGGCUCACAUUCAGGAUCAACCAAAAUAAUGGCUAUCCAGUGA